AUGUCUCGAGAUACCCAACCCAGCAGCAGCAGUAGUGCCCCACCACGCCCCGCAGCGAUACCACCACGCUCAAUCGACGGACCGGGCAACCUCUCGCUAAACGGCGCGCGGCAUAGCAAUGACCACCGACACAUCCAGGACAUCAGCGUCGCCCCCACGCUGGACGAGGUCACGUCGUUACGCAGGCCAUACCUCCCCCUCUAUGCACCAGGCGCAGAGCACUACUACCCAAACGACAGCGUCGCGAGGAUGCUCGACGUCCAGUUCCGCCUGGUGCGCGAGGACUCGUUGCGCGGGUUCUACCGCGGCAUGAAGUCCAUCCUGCACGACCUCGACUCGGACACGUUCACCGAGAGCCAGCUUGCGCUCCGUCUGAACGCAGGAGGGGGGUACUACGUGACGCACGGCGAUGACUCGGUCGCCCUCCCGCUCCUCGCGAGUAUCGAGUUCGAGGGCGUCCGUCUCGACAACAUGGCGGGUAUGGUCAUCCUCGCGAGCGCCGACUCGCCGCCCAGUGUUGCCCGAUCCAUCUCUCUCAAGAAGCGCCUGAACUUUUGGGAGGGCAGCCCCCGUCUGCCGAUGGGCGGGCUCGUGGCUAUCGUCACGAAGCGCGGCGAUGUCCCGGCGCGGUUCGCCAUGGCGACGUUGACAAUGAUGCCCAACCAGUUCCGCCACAGCAAGCCCGCUCAAGACGAUCGCCCGCGCAUCGGGUUCGGGCUGCACUUUCUCGACCCAGCCGAGGCCGUCCGUACCUUCCAGGACCUCAAGGCCGGUGACCUGCGACUGCUCGUCGAGAGCCCGGUGCUCUACCCCGCAGUCUGGCCGUUCCUCGAGACCAUCAAGGCGGUCAACCCUCGCGAGAUCCCUUUAUCAAAGUACUUUGUCCCCGAUGCCAACUUGUCCGGCAUUGAUAUCGGUAUUCCGGCGUACGCCAAGAACCCUGGCUUCAAGUGGGACCUCACCUGCCUCCUCAAGCCCAACUCCAAGAUCAAGGAGCUCCACUUCCGGCCAACUAGAUCCAGCUCGGUGGCUGCUGCGCGUGGCCUCCUCCGCAAGUUCAGCAAGCUGGACCCCAGUCAAGCGGACGCUGUCAUGGACUCGCUCAACCGCGAGGUGGCUUUGAUUCAAGGCCCACCAGGUACUGGCAAGACGUUCACCGGUGUCGAGUUCCUCCGCGUGCUUCUCGCCAACAAAGUCAAGCCAAUCUUGAUGCUCGGCUUCACGAAUCACGCGGUCGACCAUAUCCUCCGAGCAGCGUACGAGGGCGUCUCGACCAACAUCGUCCGACUUGGCACCCGCAGCAACGACAGUGUUAUCAAGAAGCUCACUCUUGGCCGGCUGAAGGGCUACAAGGGGGCCCUGAAGGCUCUCCGAGGCAAGAUGAAGGCACUCGAAAAGAAGAUGGAGUCGACGACACUUUCCGUACCGACCACGGCGCUCAGCCACGACGAGUUCCUCGAGUUCAUCAAGGAAGGCUACCCAGCUCUGGCAGAUGCGGUCGAGGUCCUCCCUGCUCAUGUGGUCCCGUGGUACGACGAGUGGGUGGCCGACCAGAAGGACGGGUUCAAGCGCGUCGGUGAGCAGGCCAACGACUGCGGAUCUUGGGAGUACUGGCGCCUCGGCAUCGACCUGGAGCGUCGAGUUGCCUUGUGCAAGGCAGCCGACGAGGAUGGCGACAAACUCCAAAUCCCAAAUCACCUGUUCGACAGGCUCAGUCUCGGCACCACUUGGUUGGCCCAGCCGAGCAGUCUUGUGCCUCAGUCUAGCCCCGAGGAAACGGACUCAGCGGGGUCCGCGACCUCUGGGUCCACAUCGUCCGGAUCCAGCUCCAGGUCAACCCCGCUUGAGUUGUCUCCUUCGACCUCCAGACGGCCCAGCAACUCUAGUUCCGAGGCACCGACACCGCUGGUCACCCCCGAUUCCAUCGGACCGGACUCAAGCUCUCUUCUCGAGGUGCCGGUUUCCCAUCGCCCCACGUGGCAGCUACUGAGGGAGAGGGACGUCUGGAACUUCUCAAUCUUCGAGCGUCGCCAGAUCAUCAAGGAUCUCGAGGCGGAGGCCAAGCGCUGGGUAAACGAGCCUCACCUUGCCACGGUCGCCACACUCUUCCAGCAACUGUCAUCCGAGUACGAGGUCCUUCAGAAGGAGGUUAGCCGCCUCAGGAACCUGAGCCGCGCCCAGGCGCUGUCCUACGCCGACAUUGUCGGCGGCACGACCAACGGAGCAGCAAGGUAUGGUGACGCAAUCAAGGGCUUUGCACCCAAGGUGGUCAUCUUCGAGGAGGCGGGACAGAUCCUCGAAGCGCACACAUUGUGUGCUCUCUUCCCGUCCGUGCAGCACGUCAUAUCCCUCGGCGACCCCCUGCAGCUUCGAGCCAUCCCGAACUGUUACGAGUUCUCGGUCGACAAUGCCAAGGGAGCCGAGUUCAAGUUUGACGUGUCUUAUAUGGAGCGUGCUUCAACGGCAGGGCUUCCCAUGAGCCAGCUCCAGGUCCAGCGUCGCAUGCUUCCCGAGAUUUCCCUGCUCAUUUCCAACACACUGUACCCGGACCUCGAGGAUCACCCCUGUGUGAAGCAAUACCCCAAUGUUCUUGGGAUGGAGUCAAACAUCUUCUUCCUCGACCAUCGCCAUCCCGAGACGAGCAUGGCAGGGAGGAAGCUUCACAACAGGUACGAGGCCGACAUGGUCUGCGAGCUGGUCCUGUAUCUUCUCAAGCAGGGCUGCUACUCGGAGGAGGGUGACAUUGUCAUCCUGUGCGCAUACCUCGGCCAGCUCAUGCAGAUCCGGAACAAGAUCCAGCACAAGGUGACCUUGGUCUUCGAUGAGCGCGACGAGAAGCAGGUCGCCAAGAUGGACGAGCAGUCGGGCCACAUUGCCAACAGCGGGCCUGCGAGUACCAAGCACAAGGUCCUUCUGCGAACUGUUGACAGCUUUCAAGGAGAAGAGGCCAAGGUUGUCAUCUUGUCACUUGUUCGAAACGCUGGCAAGGCCGAUGACGGGGACGAUGAACCAGCAAAGAAGACGAUUGGCUUCCUCAAGUCGACCAACCGAACCAACGUCGCAGUGUCACGGGCGAAGCAUGGCAUGUACAUCCUCGGCAACGCCGCACAGCUCUCAGAAGGCAGUGACAUGUGGAAGUCGAUUGUCACCGACUAUACAACGGCGCAAGCCAUCGGCCCUAAGAUCCCUAUUAAGUGCGAGCAGCAUGACACGGUGCAGGAGAUCGAAUGUGCAGAGCAGUUUGCCGAACUGUCACCCGAUGGUGGAUGUGAUGAGCCCUGCGGCGCACGACUGGCGAACUGCCGUCACGUUUGCCCGCGGAAGUGUCAUGCGGACGAUGCAGAGCACAUCGAGUUUUUCUGCAAGAAGAAGUGCCAGCGGGUUUGCACCAGGUGCAUGAACGCGUGUGAGGGAGUUUGUGGCGAUCCCUGCGACAGGUGCGAACUGGACUACUUCCCCGUCGACCUCCCAUGUGGCCACGACGUCCUGGUGCCCUGCUGGCAAAUGGGCGAUGUGUCGCGAGUGCGCUGCACCAUGCUCGUCGACAAGCGGCGCCCAUCAUGUGGACACUUUGUUGAGGUCGAGUGCAACGUCGAGGACGUCGCCGCCGUCUCUUGCGCGCACCCCAAGUGCCUGGCCCCCGGUCGCCGAUGA